CCACAAUAAACUUUUUUUGGGGAGCACCAAAAACCCAGGCGUUCACUGAAAAACCUCGGGUUGAAUCCCAGUCGAUAAAAACCAAAGUGCCGUUCUCCCUGAGAGGCACACCAACUGCACCGACACCGACAUUAUUGAACACAUACCUCUUGUCGCGAUUCAGCAUCGAGACUUCCACUAUGCCGAAAGCACCCUCCUCUCUCCCCGGCAAGAAACGCCAUAACCCUCUGGCCGACGAUUUGGUGGCCACCGGAGUCCUUAAGAACAAGCCCUCAAAGCGAAAGACCAAGGCCGAGCCCGAGGAAGGAGAGAGAUAUGUCGACUCUCGCGCAAGCAAGAAUAUCCUGGCGAUGAGCCGGGAGCUACUCCAGGAAGAUGAGCAGCAAAGCGAAGAAGAAAAAGGCGGAGAACGAGGAGCCUUCGAUUUCAACCCGUCAAACUUCGACAGUCGCGAGCAGGAUGAAGAACUUUACGGCGAAGACGAAACCUGGGGGGACGAAGAGGAGGAAGUAGAGGAGAUUGAAGUAGAGGCUGGUGACCUGGAGGUGUUCCAUAAGUUCAUCAAGCCCUCUAUGGAGGACGAUCCGCUCCUUACGCAUGGCUGGGAUAUGAAGGGUGAUGGUGGUCAGGAGCAACAACAGGGUGGUGGACAAGAUCUGGCCGAAAUGAUCCUGGCUAAGAUCGCUGAACAUGAAGCUCAGCAACAAGGCGGGUGGCACGACGACAACCCGGCCGACGAGGAACACGUUUUGCCACCAAAGGUCAUCGAAGUCUUUGAAAAGAUUGGAAUGUUUCUCUCUCGGUACCGUAGUGGCCCUCUCCCGAAGCCGCUAAAGGUGCUCCCUCAGAUCCCCGGCUGGGAAGCCAUACUCCAGGUCACCCAACCCCACAACUGGACUCAUCAUGCCGUUUUCGCUGUCACCAGAAUCUUCGUGGCAGCCAAGGCAAAGGUUGUCCAGCGGUUCAUGGAGAUGGUUGUUCUUGACCAUGUCCGUGAGGAUAUCUCCGAGAACAAGAGGUUAAAUGUACAUCUAUUUAACGCUUUGAAGAAAGGUCUAUACAAGCCGGCUGGUUUCUUCAAGGGAUUCCUUCGGCCAUUAGUUGCCUCAGGGGUUACUCUUGUCGAAGCUCGUGUCGUAAGUGGUGUUCUCACACGCGUGUCGAUCCCCGUGAUACAUUCGGCCAUGGCCCUCAAAGAGUUGUGCGAUUUUGCGGCGGAGAUGGUUUCAUCAAAGAACGAGUCUGUUAGUGCCGUUAACUACCUGAUCAAGGUUCUUCUCGAUAAACGUUGGUGGCUGAUUGAGGAUUUACACAAGCAGAAGAAGCGAAGCGAAUCCUCGGAACAAGCCCCUGUCGACGAUGGCAAGUUUGAUGCAGUCAAGAAGUAUCUCGAUCGCCUGCCCGAGGCGGAGAAGCCGGUCCCAGAACAGAAGACUGAUGUCGAACCGAACACCAAGGGCCGUCGUGUGCGCUUUGGAAGAGUGCUGUGGCAUCGCCGGAGGUCGACCCGAGCAACGGACAACUCAAACCCGAGCUUGUCAGAUGUGGACCGCAAAGAACGACCCAGCGGUCCGGCGAUAUGGCUGACCCAGUUUCCAGGCGGAGAGGCAACUCGUGUCCAUACUCCGCCCUACAAAGAAGACACAGUCGACGGACGACCGCGUAGUCUCUUCUUUGACGUAGCUCGGCCAAACAGUCGACACGAUCAAACUCCAUCCGAAACAUCCUCUACGCGAGAGAAAGUCGGUAUCCGAACCUCCCGGUCGUCCCCAUUGAAUGUGAAGAGCCGUGGCAGAAGAUCGCAACAGAGAAGUUCGGCCAGCGGCGCAUCGGGAAGAGGUCUUGGGGGCAGUAUCUCGCCGUACAGAGUUCCAUCGCCCCGUAAGGCGAAAGAGGAUGGCUCCCCAAGUCGGAGCAAAAGCGGACCUGCAAAAACAAGAGAAAAGACCAGAUCUCCCCUUGCCACCACUCCAAAAGAAAGCGUCAAAGAGUGGUGGGACGCACCUUUGAGAACGCCAGACACCCCACCUUCUACACCGACACCCCGAACCCGGGUCACGAGAGCAACCACGGGGACAGCGGCGAUGUUCAAGUUUGAUGUGCCGGAGCACUUGCCCAGCAGUCCCAUGUGCCCUGCCAAUCCCAAGAAUCCCAAGUCAUUGGGGAAGGGGGUCUGCGUGUAUCAUGGGAGACGACGGAGUUCACGUUUUGGGUUGGCGGGGUCGGAUUCUUUGCUUUCUCCGAAGGUUGAGAGGGAGGAGGCGGCUUAUGACGAUGGGAGUAAUUCUAUGUAAUGCUUGAUUGACCACGCGUGGGGAUGUUCAAAGAAUAUUCUGUAGUUCAGUUU